AUGCAAGGCAGUAAUUCCAAUAUUUUGACAUCGUCGGAUAAAAUUAUUGAAAGCUUUCGCGCUAAAUUGAAACUAUGGAUCAGUCUCGCUACGAAUGGUAAUAAUGAAAUGUUCCCAAAUGUCAUGGCAGCUGAUAUAGAACAAAGGGUGCAGGCUUUGAUUGUCAAACACUUAAAGCUUCUUGCAGAGAAAAUGAAUUUCUAUUUCCCUAAGCGUGAUCUGCAACCUAUGGACUGGGUUCAAAAUCCAUUCUCCGAGAACAUUCCUUUCGGCCACUUACCAAUAAAUAAGCAGGAAGAACUAAUGGGAAUGAAAACGGAUCGCACAUUAAAAUUAAAAUUUUCUGAAACUGAUUUACAACAUUUUUGGCUAUGUGUGAAAAAUGAAUAUCCUCUGCUUUCUAAGCAUGCUAUUGCAAUACUUUUGCCGUUUGCAACAACCUAUUUGAGUGAAUUAGGAUUUUCGACUCUUACCACGAUAAAAACCAAAAAAAGGGAACGCCUCAGGACGAUCGACGAAGAAAUGAGAGCAGCCUUGUCAGCGAUAACUCCAAAUUUAGACCGUCUGUGCUCAAUUAAACAGUCUCAUGUUUCGCAUUAA